CCUAGCUCGUCAAGUAUAAAGAUGAUCAUGGCUCUCCACCUGAAUGGAUACAUAACCCAAAUCUGUCAACCGAAUCAUCCAUGUACCAGUAUCAUUUUGGGCGACAAGUUCCAAUCAUACGUUUUUGGACAUGAAGUGGUGGAGCACGACACGAAAAUGGACCAAAUGCCUGGGUCAAGAGUUUGGAACUUACUCCAAAGCACAAUUGCUGUCUCCAGAACAUAAGCAAGCCACGAUAGAAAAAAUGCGCAAGUUGAGGCCUUUUCGAUUGGCUUUAACGGGAAAAGAAACAAAACAAGCCUCUGUGUUAGUGCCUCUCUGUGUGGAUGAACAUGAAAAAGUGUGUCUCUUAUUCAAUAAAAGAACAGGAAAAAUGAACUCGCAUUCCAACGAAGUGAGCUUUCCGGGAGGAAAAGCCGAAAAUGGAGAAACUAUCAUCGAAACUGCUCUCAGAGAAACGGAGGAGGAGCUUAGUAUCAAGAGUAAAGAUAUCGAAAUUUGGGGUACUUUGCCUGCCUUGGGCAACAAAACCGGAGAUAUGGCUGUGACACCUGUGAUAGGUCGGCUCUUAAAAGAGCCAUUCCUUCCGGCGAAAGUCGAUUUCUGUAAGGGGGAGGUUCACGAGGUGUUUUUGAUGAGUAUGGAUGAUUUGCAAGACCCAAAAGUGACCCGGUUCACCCAAUUUCGAGUCGGUAAUGCCUUUCGGAGCUAUUCUUUGCCGGUUUAUGAUGCCCAUCCCCAUCGGAUUUGGGGACUCACCGCUAUCAUAGCUCAUCAAUUCCUCUCGAGUUUCCUCCCUCAGCAUCAGCACGCAAUGCGAUAUCAACGCCCGUUAAAUCUCGAAUCGCCGAAAAGUGACUAAAUUGCUCUGGUUGACUUGGAAAGAAUUGAAAAGAAAGUUUCAUACAUAUUUUUAUACCUGUGCUCUAUUCCGAAAAUGGAUAGAAGUCCUUAUGACACAAUCAAGAAAUGAUAGUGAGGUAGCAUUGAAUUAACUUUACUAACGAUGCUCAACGUUCAUUAAAUACAAAUGGAGGUGGUGGUUUUGACAAUGACAUAUUUGGCAUGCAUGAGAUGAGACUUCCAUUUCCUGUUUCAUUUGACAUAGCCUUGUCAAUAUCCAAAGGAUUUGAGAUCGAAGUGACCACGUGGCGAGUUAGCGGGUCAAAUGAGUGCGAGGUCGAUCAAACGGCUGAAACUGAGCAACGCCAAGAGUUUGGGGAAGGCGAUAAGGCCAGAAGCAGUGCUGGCAUCGUAAGAGCUUGGGAAAUGGUGCGGUGGCUCUUCAUAUUUGUUGGCACUUUGCUGCGAUGGAUACUGAUUUGUGAUAUCCGCUAGAAAAAAUGGAACACAAAUUGAUGUUAGUAGUAAGUAGUGCGAAUGAUUCUGAUAUAUAGAAAUAUUCUGUUUUGGAAUGUUGAAUUUUCUGUCGAUUCUUGAUCUGUAAUAAUGACUAUCUUAUGCUCAUGUUUGUUUCAUGAUGAAUGAUUUUUCACAAGUUGCCAAAAUAUGUUGAAUACACAUAUAAACGAAGAUGAUCGAAAACUUUGGGAAUGUUAUUCAAACGACAUAAUUAUUUGAAUGCUAAAAUAGAAAUAUAUACUUUUGAAAUAA